AAAAAUAAGAUCGUUGUUCGGUAAAAUCAAACCUUUUGUCAAAUCGCCCUCCAGGCGGCGUCCCGACCCAGAAUGCAUUUUGACAAAGCGGCGCGGCUAAUUCAAGAUGGCGGAACUGGACCAGCUGUUAGACGAGAGCUCUUCAGCAGAGGCACUUGUCAGUCUGAAAGAGGGCAGUUUGUCCAACACUCUGAAUGAGAAGAACAAUUUCCCACGAGUUCAUAACACAAGGGGGCGCCCGUCCUCCCUGACAAUGGACACGGUAAGGAACAUGACAGAGCCCACACGGGGCUCCAAGAGGAGCCGUUUGUUUCGGGAGGAGGAUGAACAGCCACAACAGCGUCUUCCCUCCAGAUCCCCCCGGAGGAGUCAGCGGGUCACCACCACACCACAGAAAUUUGCUAACAUGGUGACACCAGAUAAGAAGGCAUCACAGAAAAUAGGGCUGCGAUUAAGAAACCUCUUAAAGCUGCCCAAAGCUCACAAAUGGUGCAUUUAUGAAUGGUUCUACUCAAAUAUUGACAGACCUCUCUUUGAGGGUGACAAUGAAUUCUGCCUUUGUCUGAAGGAGUCUUUCCCCAACCUGAAAACAAGAAAGCUGACAAGAGUUGAGUGGGGAACAAUCAGGAGACUGAUGGGAAAACCUCGCCGGUGUUCCUCAGCCUUCUUUACUGAAGAACGAACAGCGCUGAGACAAAAGAGGCAGAAGAUGCGUCUGCUGCAGCAAAGAAAGCUCACUGACGUGUCAAACUGCAAAGACCUUCCUGAUGAAAUCCCACUUCCACUCAUUAUCGGAACCAAAGUCACUGCUCGACUUCGUGGUGUCCACGACGGGUUAUUCACAGGGCAGAUUGAUGCUGUGGACUACAGUGCCGCCACCUAUCGUGUCACCUUUGAUCGCAGUGGCCUGGGAACUCACACGGUGCCUGAUUAUGAAGUACUGAGUAAUGAGCCCAAUGAGACCAUGCCCAUUUCAGCGUGUGCACAGAAGCACAGGACUACACGCUACAUGCACAACCUAAUGACGCCGCCAAGAGGGCCCUACACCUCUGUGAAUACCCCGGUCCUCAUGGACAACGACCCUCUUAUCAGCCAGUCGCCAUGGAGGAACAAAGUGCUUGGCGUUGACGGAGACACAUUGGGAGGGUUUCCUGUCAAAUUCCUGAUUCAAGUGACACGACUGUCCAAGAUCCUUAUGAUCAAAAAGGAGCACAUCAAGCACUUGAAGGAAAUGAACACAGAGGCCGAGCGACAGAAAUCCUACUCGUUGCCCAUUGACCUGGACUUCCAGAAGCAAUAUGCGACCACGGUGCUGGAGCUGGAGCAGCUCAACAAAGAUCUGAAUAAGGUGUUACAUGAAGUGCAGCAGUUCUGCUGUGAGCUCGCUCCAGAUCAGGGCAUGGUUCCAGCCGACCAUCCCACCGAGCUGCGGCGGCGUUGUGAAGAAGAGGCCGAGCAGAUGGUGCAGCUAAAAAACUGCCAAAAGGGCGGGCAACAGAGCGUGACAAACGCCAGCCGAACACACCUCAUCUCUCGCCUCACUGCUCUGCUGCUAGAGAUAAAGUGUUUGGCAGAUGGAGGAGACCUGAAUUCUUUUGAGUUCAAAUCUCUGACAGACUCUCUGAAUGACAUCAAGGCCUCAAUCGACCCGUCCAACCUCAGUUGCUUCCAGAACAAUGUGGAGAUUCAUGUUGCCCACAUUCAGAGCGGACUGAGUCAGUUGGGCAAUCUGCAUGCAUUUUCUGCCAACAACACAAAUGCAAUCUGACCAUCUAACACAGAGGUGCACGUAUACACACAUUCACAGCAGUCUGAGUCCCUCAACACGUCUACGACACCAUCUUCAUUCGAAUAUUAAAAAAGGGACAAUGUCUUAAAUGUUUUACCAACUUUUUAUUGUUAAAAAAAAGAAUUAGAUAACAAAUUGAAUGCAAAUUUGAAAAAAAAAGAAGUUUGCCACAAAUGUUGGUCUCUGACCUGUUUGUGGUUAUUUAUUGGUUUCAUGUGCCAAACAUUUUUGCAGUUUUUAUAAUGAAUAUUUAUUUAUAUUUGUGUAGUUGAUGCUCUGCUGCUCCCCUCAUGUAAGCACAGCGGAGGAUAAAGAAUGUUUUGUAAAACUGUUCAUUGUAGAUAAUUGUAUCAUAUUUCUGAUUAUUGUCAACAUUUCUGCUGUGUAUUCAGAAAUGUUUUUUGUAAAUUUUGUGUGCACUGAUGAGAGAUUUUUGUAUUUUGUAAUAAAGGAGGACUCUGGAGUUUUUAUGCCUUUUAAGUCAUUACGGUAAUCUUAGCACAGCUGUUGCUGCAGAGCUCACACUCAGCCUACAUCACUGACAACUAACCCGUGUUUCCUGGAGAACCUCUUCAGUUUUGUAAAAUUAGAUGAGUGCGUCUGUGCAUUUGUAUAUAAAUGUUUGUCUUUUAUAUUAAACCCAUUGCAAACCAA